UCCUGAAGCCUCCAGCUUUCCUUCCAAAGCCUUUGACCUCAACAUGAAGAUCUCCACAGCGCUUCUGUGCCUGCUGCUCACAGCUGCCACCAUCAGCCCACAGGUGUGGGCUGGGCCAGAUGCGGUGUACAUCCCAGUCACAUGCUGUUAUGAAAAGGCUAAUAAGAUCCCCAUGAUGAGGCUGAAGAGCUACAAGAGGAUCACCAGCACCCAGUGUCCCUGGGAAGCUGUGAUCUUCAGGACCAUACGGGAUAAGGAGAUCUGUGCUGACCCCAAGGAGAAGUGGGUUGAGGAGGCCAUAAAGAACUUGGAUCAGAAGUCUCAAUCUCGGCAUCCUUGAAACUUCGUAUCUUGGCUGAGAUCCCUGGGGAAAUCUUCCGUACUCUCCCCUAACCUUUCCCCAUGGGCAGUGGGAUGGUAAUUUAUUAUGACGUUUAAAGAGAUAAGCUUUUAAAUAUUUAAAACAUAGACUUGUUUAAAUAAUAUUUAAUGAUAUUUAAAUUAUGCUUUGGCAAAAUAAACUGAAUUUAAUUUA